GGAAGCACCUGCAAGCAAGCAAGCUUGACCUCCGGAGCGCGAGCUUGGUUUCAUUGAGGUUUGGAGCUUGGAUUUCUUUUCCUACCUUUUCAACAGCUUCCGCCGUCUUGCUUCAUUUUCACCACCUUGGAUAUCCUCAGUCCUAACCAGAGCUUACGAACCGAUUGAAGAAGUUGGUGUCCGUCUGUUGAGACACGAAAUACCGCCAUCAUGGUGCACUUGGGCAGAGUAGCCACCAAUGCGGAUCUGGACAACAAAGUGAUACCUGGCCUGGAAGAUCUCUCGUUUGAUAAGGUUCCAGGCGAGGAUGAGUUCACUUCCAGUGUAUAUGGCUCCAGAUUCGCUGCUACGGAUCUGCCCAAGCAUGAGAUGCCUGACGACGAGAUGCCGAGGGAGAUUGCUUACCGCAUGAUCAAAGACGACCUCACCUUGGACGGCAACCCUACACUCAACUUGGCCUCUUUCGUAACGACCUACAUGGAAGAUGAAGCCGAGAAACUCAUGGUGGAUGCGUUUUCGAAGAACUUCAUUGACUACGAGGAAUAUCCUGUCAGCGCCGACAUCCAGAACCGAUGUGUCUCCAUGAUUGCCAGACUCUUCAACAUUCCUGUCCACGACGAAUCGACGAAUGCCAUGGGCACUUCUACCAUUGGCUCCUCUGAGGCCAUCAUGCUUGGCACGUUGGCUAUGAAGAAGAGGUGGCAGAAUAAGCGGAAAGCGGAGGGCAAAGAUUACUCCAGACCCAACAUUGUUAUGAACUCUGCUGUUCAGGUUUGUUGGGAGAAGGCCGCGCGAUAUUUCGACGUCGAAGAGAAAUACGUCAAUUGCACCGAGGAAAGAUAUGUAAUUGAUCCAGAAGAGGCGGUGAACCUGGUGGACGAGAAUACGAUUGGUAUCUGUGCUAUUAUUGGCACAACAUACACCGGCGAGUAUGAAGAUGUGAAGGCUAUCAAUGAUUUGCUCGUUGAGCGAGGCAUUGACUGUCCUAUCCACGUUGAUGCAGCAUCUGGAGGCUUCGUGGCACCUUUUGUCAAGCCUGAUCUGGUCUGGGACUUCAGGCUGGAGAAGGUGGUGUCAAUCAACGUCUCGGGCCACAAGUACGGUCUCGUGUACCCUGGUGUGGGUUGGGUCGUUUGGCGGGAUCCGGAGUUCUUGCCAAAAGAACUGAUCUUCAACAUCAACUACUUGGGUGCCGACCAGGCUUCCUUCACGCUCAAUUUCUCCCGAGGCGCUAGUCAGGUCAUCGGGCAAUACUACCAGCUCAUCCGCCUCGGCAAGAAAGGCUACCGCAGCAUCAUGUUCAAUUUGACGAGGACCGCCGACUACCUUGCUGCUGCAGUACAGAAGAUGGGCUUCCUCCUCAUGUCCAAGACGAAAGGUGAAGGUCUUCCACUCGUGGCCUUCCGUCUCGAUCCGGACCAUGGCCAUAAAUUCGACGAGUUCGCAAUCGCCCACCAGCUCCGCCAGCGAGGAUGGGUUGUGCCUGCAUAUACCAUGGCACCGAACGCGAACAACGUCAAGAUGAUGCGUGUCGUGGUCCGCGAGGACUUCUCUCGAAGCAGAUGUGACGCAUUGAUCUCCGACAUCCAGAUGGCCUUCAAUGAGCUGAAAAAGAUGGACGAGAAGCAACUGGCAGAGCACCAAAGCCAGCAGAGAGCUCGCAAUGCGGUCAACGUGUGGAAGAAGAAGACCAACGACCACUUUGCUGAUGAGAAGCAUUCUUUGAAGGGCAAGCACGGCAAGUCGCAUCCAGUGUGCUGAGCGAGGAACGUGGUGAUAUGGGUCCGGUAGGAUAUAUGAGAACCAGUCUUCCAGGAUAGACAACAGAGGGUCGGUUGGUAGUUUCUUCCUAAGGUCAUGAGAAACGAGAAAUGUUUUACGUUCAUGCUCUGCAUCCUCGGUCCAUUGCUUUGUCGCGGCCUGGGACGAUUUUUCUAGCUUUGAUGCUGGCCCCCAAUAUCCAUUCCUUCCACCGGACCCGAACAUUCCGGCUCCUGCACUUCAUCGAAUAUCAGGAUUCAUCAUCCAGUCUGCCAGCUUGAUGCUAUUUGCCUCUUUCUUCAGUGCCCGGCUCGGAAGCUGCACCGCAUUGCCCUUCCCAUUCUUCUUCACAACAGGCACCGUUUUCCCUCCACCGCCCAUU